CUCAAAGCCUCCAUUUCUCUCUUACUCGCUCUUUCUUAAUCACUGUUCUCAAUGGCUACAGUCGCAAAUCCUGCUCCGGCUAAGAAAUCGAGAAACAGCAGAAAAGCGUUGAAGCAGAAGAAUGAGAUCGUGGAGUCACCGUCGUGAACUCGAAACGAGAGACGUGGAGCAAGAGAAGCUGAAGGUGGAGCUGAAGAAGCUUCAAAAGAUGAAGGAGUUCAAGCCUAACACGACUUUAGCUUUCUGUCAAUCUUUGGCACAAACUGAAGACGACAAGAAGGGGAAGAAGAAGAAGAAGGAUGGUGCUGAAACGAAGAGACCUUCCACGCCAUACAUCUUGUGGUGCAAGGAUAAUUGGAACGAAGUCAAGAAGGAGAACCCAGAUUCGUACUUCAAGGAGACUUCCAACAUUCUCGGUGCUAAGUGGAAGACUCUGAGUGCAGAAGAGAAGAAGGAAGCUUAUCUCCAGGUUAUCACAAAGGAGAAGAGAGAGAGAGAAGCCAUGAAGUUUCUGGAAGAUGAGCAAAAGCAGAAGACUGCUUUGGAGCUGCUUGAUCAGUAUCUCCACUUUGUUCAAGAAGCUGAACAGGAGGAUAACAAUAAGAAGACAAAGAAGAUAAAGGAUCCUCUGAAGCCUAAGCAACCCAUCUCUGCUUACUUGAUCUAUGCAAAUGAGAGGAGGCCUGCUUUACGAGAAGAUAACAAGAGCGUUAUAGAGGUUGCAAAGUUAACGGGAGAGGAGUGGAAGAACUUGUCUGAGGAACAAAAGGCUCCCUACGACAAGAUGGCAAAGAAGAACAAGGAGAUAUACCUGGAAGAGAUGGAAGGAUAUAAGCGGACAAAGGAAGAAGAAGCGAUGAGCCAGAAGAAAGAAGAAGAGGAACUCAUGAAACUCCACAAACAAGAAGCUCUCCAACUUCUCAAGAAGAAGGAGAAAGCUGACCACAUCAUAAAGAAGAAGAAAGAAACAACGAAGAACGAGGAUGUUGAUCCUAACAAACCAAAGAAGCCUGCUUCUUCAUUCUUUCUCUUCUGCAAAGAUGCAAGAAAGAGUUUGGCAGAGGAGCAUCCUGGGAUUAACAAUUCAACUCUUACUGCCCACAUUUCAUUGAAAUGGAAGGAACUGGGUGAAGAAGAAAGGCAAAUGUAUAACGGAAAAGCUGCAGAGUUAAUGGAAGCGUACAAGAAAGAAGUGGAAGAGUACAACAAGACCAAGGCUGCUGCGUAGUAGAUGAAUACUAGUACUAACUCAGUAGUUUGCUUAUAUUGAACUGAACAUCUGCUUUUUCAAGAUUUUCUUAUCGGUUGUUUAAAAUUUUCAUUCUCUCUCAAUUGUGUUUGACCUCGUUAACAACUGUCUCACCUGUACCAAAAUCCCAAUUUACUUUAAACCAGAAAUUGGAAUUACUGAAUAAGUUAAACCGAGGCUGGAUUAAAAGAAAAAUUGGAAUU